AUGGCGGAUAAGAACGCUGUGGUUGUCGGGCUAAGCGGCUGCUCUUCCAGCGGAAAGACUACACUGGCUCGUCUGCUUAGAGACAUCUUUCCAAACACUUUCAUAUUGCAUGAGGACGACUUCUACAAGGCCGAGUCUGAGCUGCCGACGAAAAAUGGCCUCGUGGAUUGGGACUGCCCGGAAGCAAUUUCCAUCCCAGACAUGGAGAAAGCCCUCACUCACAUCCGUGAGAAUGGAACUUUCCCGCCCUUCGUAGACUCCAAAGAAGAUCAAAACUCCGUCGGCAAAUGCCCCGUCUCUGACGCCAAGAUCUCGGCCGUCAAGGCAAAGGUCGAGGCCUGGCUCCAACCUGGAAACCCGGGGCACGCCAUCUUCACCCAAGGCAAGCUCAGCGUGUGUCUAUUCGAUGGGUUCCUGCUCUACUGCAAGGAGAUGGAGUCCACAAUGAGGCUUAUCGAUAUCAAGCUGUUUCUUCUGGUGAGCCGUGCCAAGGCGACCCAACGUCGCGAAGCGCGUGACGGUUAUGUCACUCUUGAGGGCUUCUGGCAAGACCCCCCCGGAUAUGUGGACAGAAUUGUCUGGCCCAACUAUGUAGAAUCCCAUGCGUGGCUCUUUAAGGAUGGCAACGUGGAAGGCGAAUUGAACCAAGAAGUCCUAAGGGAGAAGAACAUCAAGGCGCAGGUCGGCAAGGGACUCGACAUCGAUAUGGAGACCACUUUGGAAUGGACUGUCGACACCAUCAUUAAGGAGUUAGAGAAGUGA